AUGUCCAAUCCCGCCGAGCGAAUGCUUCGGCUUGACAUGGCCUUGACCGCCAAUGGCACUCCGAAUCAAGUUUACUAUACUGAAGCCGGCAAACGCCGCGGCAACAGGCGAAAAAACGACAAUCCCACCGAUAUCGUCAAUCUCGUCCCUCCACGAGCUGGAGGAGAUCACAGACUUUGGAUAACAGAUAGGAUCAUGGAACCUCAAACUAUCCCACACUUUAUCGAGUUUCUGAUGCAUGGUUGUCUCCCCGGUGACCGCAAAACAUCUCAGCCACUGCUCACCGUUGAGGAGACUAGAAACAUGAGCAGACCAUUCCCGGAAUGGGCCCCUGCACCAUUUAAAUUUCAGCAAAGAUCGACUUCUGAAUGGCUUGGAAUCCGUAUCGGGUCUCAUGAGGAUUCGUCGCGUCUUUGGUUGGUUGCUAAAGAGGUUCAUGCGAUGAAAUCCAGACUGUGGGAGGGUAUACCACCUCUUUCUGAAAGACGAUGGAAAGAGUUGCAACUCGACGAUCCUAGACAUUUCGGAGACGCUUGUCAGUACUUUAUGGCUGUCAUCGACGUCUUCGCCUAUCUUAACCACCCGCGAACAAAGAAUGCGUUGCGAACAACCUACAACCUGAUUUGGGGCCACCUGAGAGUGUUUGAGCAAGCUAUCAACGCAAAGCGCAAAGCAGAAAACGAUGUCUACGAAGAAGUAUCCGUGACUGGCCUUUGGUACCAGUACAUCAGGGCGCAUUACGAUUGCAUCUGCGACAACGCUCACCAGUGGGUUAUUUCUCAUAUUAAUCGCAUCCGAGAACCGCUGGUACUCGAGAUUGCUAGCCAUCAACCUAGCGACCCUGAAGAAUUCGAUGCCAGGCAGUUGGAGUUGGCAGACUUGAUCCAUGAUCUAGGCCAAAACACUGUUGAAGCUGAUUACAUUAUCUUCAUGCCAACGGAUGGUUACAAAGGCGACAGCUCCCCUGCUAAAGAACAUGAGCCUCUCACAGCCGCCCACAAAAAACCGUUUCGUGAGGAGCCCAUCUCGUGGUCGGCUAAUAUCAACGGGCGAGGCUUGGACUACAUUCAACGGGUCCGAUACCUUACCAGAAAAGAGAGGUACUAUUACUACGAACGUGAGGGUCUCGACCUUUUGGACUCAUCUGAAAACGAGCCCGGGAGACUUGUUGUCACGUGCAUUAGCCAGAUCGAUGCGCAGACGACAGCUCGGCUUGAACUGAGAGGUCCUUCAGAGCCUCGAUUGGAUCGCUGGAUUGAAUACGCUCAAAAGCCAUUACCCCGCCUCAAUGGUUUUGCUGCCUUUCGGCUUUGUCACAAGCAUGAUGACAAGAAGUGGAAUGAGUUUAAAACGAAAUUUGAAGCUGAUAUCGCCGAUUGGGGAUUGGGCAAGAAAGAUAUUGACGAUGUGCGGAAAGAGUGCAAGAUCCAUUGGAUUGAUGGAAAACAAGAGACUAUAAAGGAUGCGAAAAGGAAAUUCUACAGCGUCCUCCCGGAUCUUCCCGUUCACCAUCGAAUGUUCUUAGCCAUCGACGAGGCCACCAUUCAAUCAUAUCUCGAACCAAACUCCUCCAAGUUCGUCCUUGCCGUUGACGCACAAUAUGGAACAGUAGAAGAAGAGGGAGAGGGGGACGAGCCCCCCAGCGAACAAGAUCAUGAGGUUCCCGGUUACAAUGGAACGGUACGAAUAUUGGGCAGCCUUUUAUGGGAUGAAUUGGGUGCAAUGCAAACCACUCAGGGUGUGUUGCUCAAGCACCUAUGGCCUUAUGCGAUGAGUGAUGUUGAAAAGGUUUACAGGGGGUAUAAGCCUGGUACCGUCUUGAAAUUUUCUAGCUAUAAGGAAACGGCAGCUUGGGAGGUUCUCAAUACUGUUUUGCCUGUCGCCAUUAGGUUCGUAGCGAGAAGGGGUGGAUUGAACUCAUGA